AGAACUUUCUGUAUAGAUCCACAGUAGCUGCCUGAAACCCGAGCUGAAAGCACCAUGCCACGUAUCAACAUGGGUAUCAGCGCCUUUCUGUUUUUGGCAUGCGUGGGAUCUACGGUUGCUUGGGGCGGGUUGUUCAAUCGCUUCAGCUCCGAUAUGCUGACAAACCUUGGCUACGGUCGCUCGCAGUAUCGCCACUAUCCUUAUGGACAGGUGGAGCCUGAAGAAGUAUACGCAGAGGCUUUAGAGGGCAAUCGCAUCGAUGAUGGUGAAGAGGGCCAUUGCUACAGCUCACCAUGCAUCAGCAACGGUGAUUGCUGCCGAGGGCUUAUGUGUUUGGAGACAGAUGAAGGUGGGAGAUGUCUCCCGCCGUUUACUGGUCAAAAAAUGGGCGAAAUAUGCAACCGUGAAAACCAAUGCGAGGCUGGACUUGUCUGCGAAGAAGUAGUUCCAGGAGAGAUGCACGUGUGUCGCCCACCUUCGACCGGCCGCAAGCAAUAUAACGAGGACUGCACAACAUCCAGCGAAUGCGAUAUCAGCCGUGGCCUGUGCUGUGUCAUGCAACGUCGUCACCGCCAGAAACCGAGGAAGAGCUGUGGAUACUUCAAAGAGUCCCUCGUAUGCAUUGGGCCCGUUGCCAUUGACCAGAUUCGAGACCUGGUCCAGCAUACUGCGGGAGAAAAACGCAUUGGCGUCUUCAGAAUGCAUUAAAUUCAUUUAAAUAUUUCGAAAAUUCCCCUUCUUUCACUAUUCCAUUAAUUUAUGAGUAAUAUAAUAUGAGCUAUAAAUUGAAAUAAAAUUUUUGCUUUGUUGUGACACUUCAUUAAUUUAUGAAUAAUUCAAUCUAAUGCAUCGCUUUGAAAUGAAUUCUUUAACAUCGAUUCCAAUUUUCUCUAUAUGUUUGGUAAAGAUAUCUUCGUUUUGGUUUUUAAUCUAUUUAUUCAUAAUAUCAAUUCAACUAAGAAAUGAUACAACAUAAAAUCAAUAUGCAUUUAGAAUGAAUUUCUAAAGAAGAAAUGUCAUAAAUUAAUUUAUGGCCUUUUAUGUUCGUAUCAUUUCUGAGUCAAAAAUUUAAAAUAUUAUUCAUUUUUUAAAUUUGAAGAUGAAUAUCGCAACCUUAUAGUGUUCCACGGUUCACAUUUAACGAUAUCAUAAAUAAAUGAAUUAAUAUGUUGCAUUAAAAACUGAAUAAUAUUAUGAAACGGUGACAAAACAUAUCGAUAUAACGCUUCGAAAAACGGUUAACCGAGAAACAUUUUAUUUAUAAUGAAGUAAAAAAAAACCCUAAAAAUUAUUGUAGUAAGAUAUAUUUUCCUUUUCAAAUAUAUGUAUAGAUGUAGUACAUAUUAUUAAUAAUAUUUUAACUUCACUUAUGAAUGUUGUGUUAUAGGAUUUAACGUUUAAAUUUAAAUAAGGUAAUGGCUGAGGCAUUUAUAUAGAUUUAACAGAUAAGGUUAUAUUUAAAUUAAUUUUAAUUAGUAAUUAACAUAAAUUUGAACGAUACAUAUCAUAUAUUAAUGCCAUACAUAUCAAUUAUACGUGUAAGUGUUAAAAGUACGCAAAAUUAAUGCAUAUUUUUGCGGAUUUUUGUCUCAUAGCUUAAGAUGUAAUUGCGACUUUUAAAAUCUAUUUUUCUGCCGGACUUGUUAAAGAUAUUUAAUAUCUUCUUAAUGUUUGUUGGCCUACAGACGGAUGAGUCUUCUUACUAAUAGAUAAGCGUAGCGUCGUAAUUUUAAAUAUAUGUGUUAUAUUACAUAAAUUAUGUCUGC